GAGCAAAAAAUUAUUUCUUUUCAAGCGCAUUAACUUUAACGGCAAAUACAUUAUUAUAAUAAUUCUCAUGCACUACUAGUGCACUCACAUAAAUAUAAACAUAUAUUCCAAGAAAACACAACCUUCUUCUUCAUACUCUCUCUCUCUCACACACUCACACAUUUUCAGAACAAAAAAAUGCCAGAAGAAAUAACAAGGUUGAUCUUCGUACCUCUCCCAGUGCUCAGCCAUCUCUUACCAACCAUAAAAUUAGCAAAGCUCCUAACCGACCGCGAUGAUCGCCUCUCCAUCACACUGCUAAUCAUCAACCUUCAAUUCGACAACAAAAUCAGCUCCUACAUUAAAAACUCGCCGAAUUCCCGCAUCAAUUUCGUCGAACUCGAACGAGUCGAAUGCGACAAAUCCCCGAAAACCACGAUUUUCGAAGUCAUCGCCAGCCAGAAGCCCGCCGUGAGGGCGGCUGCCGCCGCCGCCGCAGCCGGCGGGGCGCCGGAGCCGGGGAAGCUCGCCGGAGUCGUCUACGACAACUUGUGCUCCUCCAUGAUGGAUGUGGCAGCGGAGCUCGGCGUCCCGUCGUACAUUUUCUUCACCUGCGGCGCCGCCAUCCUCGGCCUUCUCUUCCGCCUCGCCGGAUUGAUGGGCGGCCGUGAUCGCGCGCUCACGGAGUACGAGGGCUCCGAUGCGGAGAUUUCGGUGGCGACUUUCUUUAAUCCGGUGCCGGCGAAGGUGUGGCCGUCGACGGUGCUCGUCGACGGCCAGGGUGGGUUCCUCGGCAUCGUGGAGAGAUUGAGAUCGGCCGAUGGCAUCAUCGUGAACACUUUUCUUGAGCUCGAGGAGCACGCGAUCACGGCGCUCGCCGGAGACGAUGGGGCUCCGGCAAUCUAUCCGCUCGGGCCGCUCCUCCAAGACGAGGAGGAACCGGCCAACGAUGGGGCGCGGAGUCGGCGGGUGGAGAUCCUCGAGUGGUUGGACGAGCAGCCGGACUCCUCCGUCGUGUUCCUGUGCUUCGGCACAAACGGGUGGUUCAACGAGGCGCAGGUGAGGGAGAUCGCGGCGGCGCUCGAGGGGAGCGGGAGUCGGUUCCUAUGGUCACUGAGGAAGCCGCCGUUGAAGGAGAACGGGGAGGGCCCUAGGGAGUACGAGAAUCCCGACGAAGUUUUGCCAGAAGGGUUCCUCGAGCGCACGGCCUCGACCGGGAUGGUGAUCGGGUGGGCCCCACAGAUGGCGGUGCUAUCGCACCGCGCAGUAGGCGGGUUCGUAUCGCACUGUGGAUGGAACUCGAUUCUAGAGAGCAUCUCGUGCGGGGUCCCAAUAGCCACGUGGCCAAUGUUCGCUGAUCAACAAUCCAACGCGUUCCAACUCGUGAAAGAGUUGGAGAUCGCGGUUGAGAUUAAGAUGGAUUAUCGAAAAGAAGCAUCAAUCAUAGUGACUUCGGAUAAAAUAGAGAAAGGAAUUAGAGACUUGAUGAAUCCCAAAAAUAAAAUUCGAUCCAAUGUGAAAAAAUUGAUGGGGAAGAGUAGAGGUGCCCUAAUUGAAGGUGGAUCGUCGUAUAACUUCGUACAUUUUUUUAUUGAAAACGUGAAGGGAAAUCUCAUUCCUUGAACUUUAAUUAGCCUAUUUGUUUUUCAUCUUUAGAUGUAAUCCAUUAAUCUUGUAUUGCGAUGGUAUGGAAUUAGAAAGGUACUAUGUUAUUGGAAUAUUAAAUUAUUUCUCACGAA